UACGAGACAGUCAUUGUGAUAGUGAUGCUUGUUGCGAAAUAAUUUGGUCCACUGUGUAGAAGGACGGUUCUGUUUGUGACAAUAUGAAGAAACGGUGUUUGUUUAUUUGUGUAUUCCUUUUUAUAUGUGUUCAGCUAAAUGUCGAGUGCCAAGUAUGCACAAGAAGCGUUAAGAAAUUUGUUCCUGUACGAAAAACAUUUUAUCGGACUUAUGUAGCUACUUAUAAGAAAGCAAAUUGCUGGUUUCGGUGCACCAGGACUAUGAUUAAAUCUUACAUAGAACACAGGGACAUAAUUGACAGUCGAAGGGAAACUGUAAAAUAUUGCUGUUCAGGUUACAUACGUAAUGAUACGGUCUCAGAUAAAGAUAUAAAAUGUAUACCGAAAUGUUCAACCAAGUGCGAAAAUGGCUACUGCAAGGAACCAGGAAAAUGUGAAUGUAAUGAUGGUUACUUAGCUGAUUUAAUUAUUCCCCACUUAUGUCUCCCAACAUGUAAACCGAGCUGCGUGCAUGGCACGUGUAUUAAACCUAAUGUUUGCAAAUGUAACUUCGGCUAUGAGUUACGGGACGGUAUAUGCCAACCAGUUUGUACUGAGCCGUGUGUUAAUGCAGUGUGUGGUGCUCCAGAGACUUGCAUUUGUCAUAGUGGGUUUAGAAUGUUGGAAAACAACGUGUGCAGCCCUUAUUGCUCAAGUGGUUGUACUAACGGGAAGUGCAUCAGUCCCGAGACUUGCAGCUGUCAACCGGGCUGGCGCUUAACUACUCCAAGUACUUGUGAGCCAAUUUGUAGUAGACCAUGUGGCAAUGGAACUUGCACAAAACCAGAUACAUGCGACUGUUACAAAGGGUAUGAAGCUGAUUUGAAUGGGACCUCGUCUGUGUGUGUGCCAGAAUGUGUAAACUGUGGAGGUGUAUGCGUAGCGCCUGGCGUUUGUGUUUGUCAUCCACCUUAUAUAGCUGCAGCUGUGAGAGACGAUGGCGGAGAGUGUGACUGUAUUUACAAUUGUUCAGAUGCAAAUAAAAUGUGUGACCGCACUAUUUGUUAUAUUCCGACUACUACUACCAGUACUACUUCUAUUAGUACUACCACAACUCCUACUACUAUCCCUUCUACUACUACCGAAAUAGAUGAUACAACUAUAGAGAAUCUCGACAUAUCCAUUUCCACUACAGAAACGACGGAAAUUACAGAUCCGAAUUCCAUAUCUUCAACUAGUAACGACAAUAACAGGACAGAGUUAUUUGAUAUUAUCAUUGAAAAUUCCACAUUGUAUACCAGUUAUGUAACAAUACCUGGUAAUAUAGAUGUCAAGUUUAAUAUUACAAAAGAGGCUAUACAUAAAACAAGCUCGCUAACAUUAUGGAUGCUGAUUGCAAUUGCUUUAACAAUAUUGAACAGUAUGCUUAUUAUUAUAAUUCUAUUCAUAAAGAGGAAGGCUUUGUACAAAUACUGCAAAGGUGAUAGUUACGCUGUCAAAGCUGAAGUAAGCACGACCGAAGUCAGUGAGCAGUUUGAUUUCAAUCAAAUAAAAUUUUCUUCUAUAAUGAGGAAGAAGCAGAAUGAAGAACGAGAACAGGAAGAGUGUAAUAACAAGGCAUAGAACAAUAUUUUGGAUGUUUUGUUUCUAUGCUAUUACAUAAUGCAGAAAUAUAACUACUUUUCGUCUUAGCCUAAAUUUCAGUAUUAUUUUCUUGUUAUGACCAUAAAAUUUUAUAUAUUCAUAUGGAAAAACGAAAGAAGAUCAGUGACAUUUAAAUAAGAAAUAAAUGGAUUUUAAAAAAUAAAGAAUAAAUAAUUGCAAUCUUCAA